AUGGAGAAAAAUAGUCAUCAAGAGCUCACUGUGUUGGAGAGACAGAAGCUCCGCAAAUCAAUGGGGGAUCUAAAAGCCGGUGCUUCUGAUAUACUGUUCUGCGUCAGUCAAUUGAAGAUAGUUGAAGCUUAUAACGAGAAGAGGUCUCAAGAGCUAGAGUUUAAGGAGAAGGAGCUGCAGAAUCUGAGCUCAGACAUUGAUAAAAAGGUUAAGGAUUUCGAAAAGGAAAAGUCUGAAGCUGGUGACUUGAAGAAACUGGUCGAAGAAUGUACUCAAGAACUCAGGUCGAAGAAAAACGAGCUGACGACAAAACUGGACUAUUCGACCAAGAUUCAGAGAGAGAUCGAGUUAAAGAAGAAACAGCUGGGAAGCUUUACGGCUCAGCUUCAGAAGCUUUACAGUGAGGCUGGUAAGGUUCAAGAUGAGACUGAUAGAAAGAAGAAGGAGUUGUCGCUGAUUCUUGACCAAAUUCAAGAAUCGAAGAACCAGUUUGUUACGGUCGAUGAGGAACUAAAUUCUGCAAGGAGGCAGCUUGAGGUUCGGUCAUCGGAGCUACAGUCGCUUAACAAUCAGGUAACGGAUUGUGGUGAAGAGAUUGACUCGAAAUCCAAACAUUUGGGGAAAAUCCAAAAGCUGAUUGAGCAACAAACCAGUGAGCUUGGUUCCAUGCAAAAUCAGUGUGAUUCUGUGAAACUGUUGAUUCAGGAACGAUCUGAAGAGCUUGUUGCAAAAGAGAGGAGGCUCAAGGAGUUUUUUGAGGCUAUUAGCAGAAGCUCCUUUGAGAUGGCUAAAGAGAUUACAGCAGCGGAGACUCAAGUGAGUGAUUUGAAUGUAAAAUCUGAAAUGCUAAGGCAGGAGGUUGAAGGCAAAGAAAAGGAACUACAUCUGCUUAGGAAUGAGAUAGAGUCGGAGGUAGAGAAUUCCAUUCAGGUUAGGAGAGAAAUGGAAGAGGAUACAAAUAGAAAGAAGAAAGAUUUGGUGCUGAUUCUUUCCAAGAUUGAAGAAUCCGGCAAGAAGCUUGCGGCUUUGGAUGAGCAAGUGGAAUCUCAACAGACACUCCUUGAGGAGACUGAUAGAAAGAAGAAAGUAAUGGAAGAGGAGACUGAUAGGAAGAAGAAGGACUUGUCCCUGAUUCUUGACCAAAUUAAAGAAUCGAAGAACCAGAUAACAGUUUGUGGUCAAGAGAUUGAGUCGAAAUCCAAAGAAUCAGGGGAAUUCCAGAAGCUGAUUGAGCAACAAACCAUUGAGCUUGGUGCCACGCAAAAUCAGUGUGAUUCUGUGAAACUGUUAAUCCAGCAACGAUCUGAAGAGCUUGUUGCUAAAGAGAAGAGGCACAAUGAGAUUUUGGAGGCUGUUUGCAGAAGCUCCUCUGAAAUGGAAGAAAGGGCUCAAGAGGUUAAAGCGGCAGAGACUAAAGCGAGUGAUCUGAAUGUAAAAUCUGAAAUGUUUAGGCAGGAGGUUGAAGGUAAAGAAAAGGAACUGAUGCAGCUUAAGAGAGAAAUGGAAGAGAUAACAGAUAUAAAGAAGGACUUGUCACUGAUUCUUGACCAAACCAAAGAAUCUAGCAAGCAGCUUGCGGCUUUGGAUGAACAAGUGGAGUCUCAGCGUAGACUACUUGAGAAAUGUGUUGUAGAAUCAAGAAAGGGCUUCAGAUUCGACCUCGAGGUUAAAGAAAAGAGGCUCCAAGCAUUAAACAAACUGAUAACGAUCUCUGAUGAACGUCUUGGCUUGAAAUCCAAAGAACUGGUGGAAAUUCAAAGACAAGUUGAGUUACAUAAACGGCUGAAGAGAAACAUGAUCAAUGCGCUUGUUAAGCGUGGGAAACAGCCACCUAUCGAUGAUGACACCAGCCAACAAGACCAUGGAAUCUCAGCUUCUCUUACGCACCAUGAAGUCUACAGUGUUCUCAGAGUCUUGCCUAAUCCAGCAGAGUAUGUUCUGGAACUUGUACAGGAUGAUAUCAGUGAAGGAUCAGGUUCAUUACAUGACUCGUUCGCGGAAAUCUUGGUUCUUCUUUUUGAGGAGCUCGCCAAAAUUCAACGACCGGACAAGUCUCAACUGCAGCUCAAGGCCGAGAAAGUGGCAGCUCUGUGGAAAGGGAAGAUAACUAUUGAAGCUCCCACAUCAUCUCUGGAGGCCUUGGCCUUUCUUCUGUUCAUUGUGGCAUAUAACUUACAGAAAGUGCUCAUCACUGAAGGAGAAACUGCUCUACUUGCUUCGUCUAUUGCUCAAUACGAACAGGCUCCAACUCUCUUUAGCGCUCUUGGUCUCAAGCUUGAGAUCAUCUCAGAGAUUGUUUUAGGUCUUAUCAAACAACAACAAUACAUUUCCGCAGUCAGGCUAAUAUGUGUAUUUGAGCUUAAUAAAGACUUUCAAGCCUCACUUCUCUUAAGGGAAGAGAUCAAGAAUUUAAGACGGUCUGCGCUGGGAAUGAGACCAACUGAAUCCUCCCAGCCACAGGCUAAAGACGAAGAUGGUAGAAGACUGAGAGCUAUACUAGAGCUUGUGGCUGAUUAUAAGCUCAAAAUCAAGCUCCCAGGGGACCUCAUCGCUAAGCUCAUGGUUCAAAGAGAAAACUCAACCCCUCUAGUUCGUUGCACUACUUCCUCAGCAAAUCCACAAGCUGAUUCUCCUAAUCCAGCAGCUCAACUUUCAAGUUUGACUUUGCCAGUUAUGUCAUCUGAUGUUGAUUCCAAAAAUGAACGUCCUUCACUCAUCUUCACAUAUCAGAGGAGAUGCAACUGA